AUGUUGCCAUUACAAUUCAUAAAAAAGAAAAUUAAGCAAUUAUUCUACGUCCUUUAUCAGAAACGCCUUGAGCGGGAGGCGAGCCAAUGGCAGAUUCCUUAUCAUAUCGGAAUUAUCUUGGAUGGUAACCGUCGGUACGCGAAAACGGAAGGCUUUUUUGAUGCCGCUAGACGACAGUACGGCCACUCCGAAGGCGGGGAUAAGCUAGAGGAGGUGCUCCAUUGGUGCGACGAAUUGGGCGUCAAAAUUGUCUCAAUCUGGAUCUGUUCUCUUGAUAACUUCACCAAUCGCGAAGAGGAUGAAGUGGCGGAAAUCUUCAAUGUCAUUGAGACAAAGAUGCGAUCACUCCUCACCAUCGAAGGGCUCCACACCAAUCAGAUUAAGGUGCGUCCUAUGGGGAACCUUGAGUUACUGCCGCUGAGCCUCCAAGAAGCCAUUCGCGAUGUGGAGGAGGCGACAAAGAACUACGAUAAAUUUAUCCUCAACGUUGCUGUGGCUUACGGUGGACGUGAGGAAAUCGUCGAGGCGUUCCGGCGUCACCUAAAAUCGGAGUUGGCAGAAGGUAAAGUGCCGGACGAAAUAGCGACAGAACUGAGUGCGGAUAAAAUUACCGCGCAUCUCUACACCUCCAAUCUGCCGGAUCCAGAUCUUAUUAUCCGGACCAGCGGCGAGAUUCGGCUCAGCGGAUUCAUGCUUUGGCAAAGUGCCUAUUCGGAGUACUACUUCUGCGAUACCUAUUGGCCCAGCUUCAGAAAGAUCGACUUCCUCCGCGCAAUCCGUGACUACAGCCAUCGGGAACGGCGGUUUGGAAGGUAA